GUUCUUUCUCUCCAUCCUUUCCAUCCUCAAAUCCCGACGCUCCUUUCGCCAAAAGCAUUCGCACCUUUCCUCCUUCAUUUCUCAAGCGGGCGUCGCCAGGCUCGGGUCGGUAAAACCGCCAUUGUCCCGCAGUCUGAGUAAAUCAUAUUUAAUUUCUUACACCUCGAUUUUUUAGUCGCCCUCUCAUUCUACUCUGUUUUCUGAUGCCGAUUGCCACACCUCAUUCCGCCUUGCCCCGUCCUGCCACCUUCGCCAAGAUGGAGGACAGGAAGCGACCGGCGUCCAGCACGGUCGACGACGGCGCCCCUCCAAGCAAGCGACAGGCCGUCAACGGUACUACCAAGUCCAAAGACGACCCCGGCGACAUGAGAGAAGAGGCAUGGAUUGAGCACGCCCGGCUCCUCCCAGGCCUCUUCCUCUUUUGAAUGCCUUCCUGAUGCCCACAAUUACUCCGCUGCCUCUUCGCUACGAUGAAUAUCAAAAGGGCGCUAUAUACCGGCAGAUGCUUGAGUACAAGCGGGAAAAGAUAAAUUUGGAGGGUCGCGUGCAAGAACUCGAGAAAAAUUCGACAGACCAUGAUGACCACAUUCGA